AUGAAUAAAGUGUCUCGGAAAAUGGAAGCUGACCACGAAGAGCCUUACGAAAUUGUUUGCGAUGACCCUCAGUAUCUGGAGAAUGCGAUUUUUAGGUGUUCUUUGCAAGAUGAAAACUGCGGAUCAUUCGGAUCCAAGCUGGUGAAAUUUUGCAGACUGUUCUUUUGGGUCUUCUGUUUGCCACCGAGACCUCAAGCCAUCACCAAUAAACUGGCUUUUGCUCCUCCUAAAGCAGCAUACAAGUUUGUCAAGAAGGGAGAAGCUGAUGGACACCAACCAAUCCUGGAUAUCCUGUUCUCAUUACAAGUCAAGUAUGCCACCAUGUUGGUCAUCAAUGGUCAAGAAGUGCAUCAAACUCAAGGGGAUUUGCGGAGUGACGUUCAAUUGCCCAACUAUGCCAAGCAAAAGGUCCAAGGUUUCAAAAUAUUGGGAUCUGAAUCCAAGAAUGCUGUGGCUGUUGCUCACAUAACUCAGUCUGAGGAUGCUCCAUUCACCAUUUUGUAUUCCCAUGGCAACUCUUGCGACUUUGGUCACACACUGCACUUCCUCAGUGUACUUUGCACAGUAACCCGCUGCAACCUGAUCACGUACGACUACUCGGGUUUCGGCGAAAGUACUGGCUCUCCGAGUGAGCAGGGCAUGUACGCCGACCACUACGCCACCUAUCAGUUCUUGCUGUCGAAAUUCAACUUGACGCCAGACCGCGUCAUCCUCUUUGGACACAGUAUUGGAACAGUUGCAGCUGUGGAACUCGCAACUCGCGUAGAUGUCGCAGGAGUCAUCUUGGAAGCCCCCCUUUUAUCUGGUUGGAAGGUAAUGCACGAGUCGAAUUGCGUGAAAAAGCACGUGAACCCGUUCCCAAGUGACAUACGGGCUCCAAAAGUCAAAGCCCCCGUGCUGGUCAUGCAUGGCACAGACGACGACAUAAUUUACAUGGAAGACGGUGCUGAAUUGUGCAAAAGAUUCCGCACCGCCGUUGAGCCCUUGUUCAUCCGCGGUGCCGGUCACAAUAACAUGUGCUGGUGA